AUGGUGAUGUUCCAUCGCAAAGUCCAAGCCCUCCAGGCCGGCCGGCUGCGGGGGGGCCAUUCGGAGGAGCCGCUUCCAGAUGCCUGGUAUGAGGCCUUUGAAUCCGCCAGGCUGGUGGCAUGGGGAGGUCAUAGUUGGCUUCUUUUUCGGUCCCCCGUGAAACUCGUCGUCGUUGUUCGGUUCCGCAUUGCCAUGGCGAAGUCCGUGUUGGAUGCGCUGAAGGCCACCGGAUGUGCGGAUCUGACCGCAGCCAUUGAGGCUGUCUCGGCCAACAUGUUCAAGAUCAAGGAGCUGAAGGGUCGCGAAAUCCUGGACAGCCGCGGCAAUCCCACUGUGGAGGUGGACCUUAUCACCGAGGGCGGCAUCACAGUGACCGCAGCGGUGCCCUCCGGCGCCUCCACCGGUGUGCACGAGGCCUGCGAGUUGCGCGAUGGUGACAAGGGCCGCUACUUGGGCAAGGGCGUCACGAAGGCUGUGGAGUCCGUGAACACCGUCCUCAAUGCGGAGCUGAAGGGUUUCGAUGUUUCCAAGCAGAAGGAGUUGGAUGACAAGAUGAUUGCACUGGACGGCACUCCCAACAAGAGCAAGUUGGGCGCCAACGCCAUCCUGGGCGUCUCCAUGGCAGCUGCCAAGGCGGCCGCGCAAGCCCGAGGUGUGCCGCUCUACCAGCACUUCGCGGACCUGGCGGGCAACGGCGCCAAGCUGACGCUCCCGGUGCCCUGCUUCAACGUCAUCAACGGCGGAUCCCACGCAGGCAACAAAUUGGCCUUCCAGGAAUACUUCAUUAUCCCAGUCGGUGCAUCCUCCUUCAAGGAUGCCAUGAGGAUCGGAUCCGAGUGCUACCACACCUUGAAGGGCAUCAUCAAGAAGAAGUUCGGUGGUGAUGCCACGCUGAUCGGCGACGAGGGCGGCUUUGCGCCUCCCUGCGACGCACGACAGGGUGUGGAGCUGAUUAUGGAAGCGAUCGAAAAGGCGGGAUACAAGGACAAGUGCAAGGUUGGCAUGGACGUGGCUGCCUCUGAAUUUAAGGUGGAGGGUCAGGACUGCUAUGACCUGGGCACCUGGUACCCAGAUGCUGAGAAGACACCCGACUUGAAGAUGACCGGCGAGCAAUUGGCCAAUUUUUACGCAGAUCUGUGCAACAAAUACCCUUUGAUCACCAUUGAGGAUCCGUUCGACCAGGACGACUGGGCCGCCUGGACUACAUUCACCACCAAGGUGGGCGGCCCCACGCAGGUUGUUGGAGACGACCUGACUGUUACAAACGUCUCUCGCGUCAAGAAGGCGAUCGAUGACAAAGCAUGCAAUGCCCUCCUCUUGAAGGUGAACCAGAUCGGCACCAUCACCGAGUCCAUCGACGCGGUGAAGCUCUGCAAGAGCAACGGCUGGGGCGUGAUGUGCUCCCACCGCUCCGGCGAAACCGAGGACACGACGAUCGCCGACUUGGCCGUGGGCCUUUGCACCGGUCAGAUCAAGACGGGCGCGCCCUGCCGAUCCGAUCGCAACGCCAAGUACAAUCAGCUGAUGCGAAUCGAGGAGGAGCUCGGCUCGGCCUGUGCCUAUGCCGGUGAGACCUGGCGCAAGCCUACAUGGAUGGCCUAG